UUGCCGAAAGGAAAGUAACGUGGGAAAAUGCAGAGCUGGAGUCGGGUGUACUCCUCCUCGGCCAAGAGAGGCCAUUUGAGUCGAAUAUCUUCUCAUGGCCUACAGGGAGUUUCUGCAGUGCCUUUGAGAACUUACACAGAUCAACCAAAUAAUGCUGAUGUAACAGUGAUAGGUUCUGGUCCUGGAGGAUAUGUUGCUGCUAUUAAAGCUGCCCAGUUAGGCUUCAAGACGGUCUGUAUUGAAAAAAAUGAAACCCUUGGUGGAACGUGUUUGAAUGUCGGUUGUAUUCCUUCUAAGGCUUUAUUGAAUAACUCUCAUUAUUACCAUAUGGCUAAUGGAAAAGAUUUUGCUUCUAGGGGAACUGAAGUGCCUGAAGUUCGCUUGAAUUUAGAGAAGAUGAUGGAGCAGAAGAGUAUUGCAGUAAAAGCUUUAACAGGUGGAACUGCCCACUUAUUCAAACAGAAUAAGGUUGUUCAUGUAAAUGGAUAUGGAAAGAUAACUGGCAAAAACCAGGUCACUGCUAUGAAACCCAAUGGCAGCACUCAAGUUAUUGAUACAAAGAACAUUCUUAUAGCUACAGGUUCAGAAGUUACUCCCUUUCCUGGAAUCACGAUUGAUGAAGAUACAAUAGUGUCAUCUACAGGUACUUUAUCUUUAAAAAAAGCUCCAGAAAAGAUGAUUGUGAUUGGUGCAGGAGUAAUAGGUGUAGAAUUGGGUUCAGUUUGGCAAAGACUUGGUGCAGAUGUGACAGCAGUUGAGUUUUUGGGUCAUGUUGGUGGAGUUGGAAUGGAUAUGGAAAUAUCUAAAAACUUUCAACGUGUCCUUCAAAAACAGGGAUUUAAAUUUAAAUUGAAUACAAAGGUUACUGGUGCUACCAAGAAGUCAGAUGGAAAUAUCAAUGUUUUAAUUGAAGCUGCUUCUGGUGGUAAAGCUGAAGGUCUCACUUGUGAUGUACUCUUGGUUUGCAUUGGCCGACGACCCUUUACUCAGAAUUUAGGACUAGAGGAGCUUGGCAUUGAACUUGAUUCCAGAGGUAGAAUUCCAGUCAAUUCCAGAUUCCAAACUAAAAUUCCAAAUAUCUACACUAUUGGUGAUGUGGUUGCUGGUCCAAUGCUGGCCCACAAAGCAGAAGAUGAAGGCAUUAUCUGUGUCGAAGGAAUGGCUGGUGAUGCUGUGCACAUUGACUACAAUUGUGUGCCAUCAGUGAUUUACACACAUCCUGAAGUUGCUUGGGUUGGCAAAUCAGAGGAGCAGUUGAAAGAGGAGGGUAUUGAGUACAAAGUUGGGAAAUUCCCAUUUGCUGCGAACAGCAGAGCUAAGACAAAUGCUGACACAGAUGGCAUGGUGAAGAUUCUUGGGCAGAAAUCCACGGACAGAGUAUUAGGAGCACAUAUUCUAGGACCAGGUGCUGGAGAAAUAGUAAACGAAGCUGCUCUUGCUUUGGAAUAUGGAGCAUCCUGUGAAGAUAUAGCUAGAGUCUGUCAUGCACAUCCGACUUUAUCAGAAGCUUUUAGAGAAGCAAACCUAGCUGCAUCAUUUGGCAAGCCGAUCAACUUUUAAGUUAGAUUUUUUUUUCCUGAAAUUUCUGGGAAGCUUUCAUAAAGGUCACAUUUCUGAACAGAAAUUGCUCAUGGCU